UUAUAAAAUAAGCAAUGAGGUUUUCAUUUUUUGCUUGACAGUCCAGUCCAUUCCAUUGAGGGCUUAUCCAAUUAUCAAUAUUUGGACGCCAAAUCAGGAGGACCAAACACUAUGAGCCAACCAGAAUUUGAUUUAUGUGGCUGCGUUUACACCAAUGUUGAUGAUGCGUACCAGAAGACUCGUGUUACCGUGUGUACGCAAUUGCAUCAUAGUUCGUUAGAAAUACACUUUUUGGGCAUUGUUAAUUCGAACUGCAUAACCCAAGCACGUUUCCUAUGUGCUAAUAUCCACAAUUCUUCAAACAUGUAUUCUGCAACCUCCGUGCAGUAUCAAAUUUUUGCUGACGUAAGGGGAACAAGUGCAGUUAAAGCAAUGCACAUUGCACCAGUAGAGACCUAUAUGUGGAACUCAAAAUACGAGGUUGCCAACAAUUUCCAAGCCAGAGUGUUACAGAAAGCAAUGCUGUCCUGGAUUCGUUCAAAUGAACAUAAUAUUACUAAUAUAGUGCGAAUCGAGCAACAGCUCGUCUUGCCUUAUACAGAAAUCGUACGUUUGUCAACUGAAAGCAAAGUAUUCUCCAACACAAUGGGAUUGCCGUUUAUCUCUCGUAUCCACAGUGACUUCAUCCCCCGGAACAAAAGUCGACCUGUGGUGACGCGUCUGACAUGUACGUUUCCGGUCGAAGUACAACGGAUGCGUAGCCUUUAUCUGGCUCCUGGAUCUUUUAAAAGGUCCUUAUUGUGGCAACGUGAGUGCUAUGGACUAAAGCGAUACAACUCACAACGGAAAAGAAACAGGUGGUAUUUGUCGUCGCAUCAAAUAAUGAAGAGUUUUCCACAGUCUCUAUAUACCGGACAUACCCAGCGCGAUCCACUGUUUUAUCAACGGUUACAUAAAAAGCUAGAUAUACACUACAGACCGACAAACAAGUACAAUUUACUGCAGGUUAAUAUGUUUAAUGUCUCUCAUCCUAUUGAAAAAUUCUUUAACAAUACUGACCACUGCCUUUCUAAUUCGGAAUUUGGAAUGAAUCACCUUGAAAUCCCUCAGCUUGCCGUGGUGCGCAGAGCAGAUGCUAACACUUGUGGACCAAGCGCACUACAAGCAGUGGAAUCCGAAGAGGGGAUUUCUAAACUAACCAUUUAUCAUGCGAGCGCCACUGGGAGCCGGUACGUCGAAAAAGGGGCACGUUUUCUUAGCUUGCCACAUCCCGGAGUGGAACAAAGCAUAAAAGCUGAUGUUUUAUCACCGGAGUGCUGCCGAUUAGAUGACGCAUCAAUUUUUUCCUUCAAAGGUCCAUUUGGUGGUCUUUUAAACCAAAACCAGCAUUCCCUAAUCUACGCGCAUUCUAAGUUUCAAACUCUACCUUCGGGGAUUAAUAUAGACCAUAUUUGCCAUUGGUCUACAGUAAUACUACAUUUGGCACUCACCAUUAGCUUUGAGUAUAGCCUACUCGGCUUUUGUGGUAUCUUCCCCAAUUAUGCUGCAAAACACCAAGAAAUCGGGCUCGAUGACACUUCUAAUUCUAGAGGUCAACUUGAAAGGCGGUGCAACAAUCGUUCACAAGCUGUUUUUCACAUAUCUUACUUUGGGUUUCUAAUCAACAGUUUACCUUACUGUCUCACAAGUCUGCUCUACAAUUUGGAAAGCCGGCCCCAACUUUACACAAGCAGAAAGAAUUCUAUCACAAUAGAAGAAGCCGUGAGUGUGAAAGCAUCAAAAACCAGACAUAUUUCUGCACAAGGAGAGUUGAAAACAUGUUGGAUUUCAACGACAAAACUAGUGACAAAACAAUAUUACGGAUGUACGGUGGAGAUCGAUUUAGAAGAUGUUUCCAAAUUAUCCUCAGAAUGUCUGGAGCUGAACUCCUGCCACACUCAUUUCGUGGAGUCGCCAAAUUACCGCGGCUCAAAUGAACGCAGAGCUACGGUGCUACAGGAUUCAAAAAACACAGAACGAAUACUGUUCAAAACUGAACAAGGCAGCUGUACUCCGAAUAUAUUGGAUUAUUCCAAACAGAAAGGUAAAGAAUAAUGCUGGUUACCUGCCAACUUUCAAGUGUUCCCUACCUCAUCAAAGUCAACCCGAAGACACCAUCUUUUUC